AUGGAUGUGGCGUGCCGGAACGCCACGGAGGACCCCAGCGAAGCCAACCUCGUGCGGCUGCUGGAUCUGUGGUCGGCGGAUUGGAAGCACCGGGGGCGCACCCGGGCGGUGGGGCCGGGGGCGUACGAAAGGUACGCAACGCUGGGGCUGUUCGGGCACGGCGGCGUGGUCGGGGUGUCCAAUGCCACCGGCCUGCGGGAGGCCUGCGCAGCCGUCAACGGCUUUCUCCGGAGCCGCUUUCCGAACGGCACUUGGACGUCCAUAGCUGUACUCUUCAACCCGCGCAUGGGAGGGCGGGUGUGGAUCGAAGACGAUGAGGGGGACUCGACGGCCCGGCUGGCCGACAAGAAAGGGGACCGGGAACUGCGGGGCAGGUGGCUGGACAUGCACGACAAGCCAGUGAGCUUCGAUGCUCGUCGAUAUCACAAGGUCGAGCCCCACGAGGGCAGCAUGUGGGCUCUGGCUGCCUACGUGCCACAAGCCUAUGCUCGGGCGACAGAACAGCACCGGGUCCGGGAAGUGUACGUUUUCGCCGUACACUUGAAAAUGGAAGUUUCGCACGGAAUGCGAAACUAA